AUGCUCAACAUCAAGCUUAAACAGAAUCUCAUUCUUGAUCUCGAAUCAUCUCGCUACAAUGAAGAUCUAGGUCCCAUGAUUGAAUGCUUAAGGUUCUCAUCACUUGCUCAAGCUUUAACCAUGGCAGAAUCUGUUCCUUUGGUCCAUCUUUCUAAGGCCUAUUUGUCUGCCAAUUACAGUAAAUAUGAUGGACUUAUUCAAUUCGAGGACUCAUGGAAUGGGCUAUUUACUCUCUUGUUCAAGAGCUUCUUUAAAAGAGUUGUAGGCUCUGAGAUUGCAAUUGCUCCAAAACACAAUCUCCACCACCCACCACACUAA